AUGGCCGGUUCCAUCUCGGCUCCUCUGGUCCUGCCCCUGAUUCCUCCGACUCAGAAACACAAGAACCACAUCCAGACCUGCACCAGAGUCUGUCUGCAAACAGAGUCCCCGGACGCUGAGAUCUUCUUCACUUUAGACGGAUCAAAACCAAACUCUCGCUCCAGGAAAUACACCGCUCCCAUCACCCUCCCCCCAGGACGAGUGUGUGUGAGAGCUCAGGCCCAGAGCAGGGAGAGUUUGAUCGUGACCAAGUUCUUCACGGUAGAUGAUGUCACUUAUGACACAACCUCUGAUCCAGCCAAUGACAGCCCUGCUCUGAUAACUCUGACCAAUCAGAGUGAAGCACAUCUCACUCCGGUCCCGCCCUCUCACCUGCGGAGCUUACUCGCCAAUUCCCGUCCCGCGACGCCUACUUCAGAUCAAAAACUGAAGAUGAAGAGAAGUCCUCCCCCAGGACCAGAGGACUCAAUUUUCCUGAAAACUUUGAGCAGGACUGAGAAGAACCGAAUCCAGAGAGACACAGACUUUAUGAGGUGUCCAGAGUGCCUUGGCGUCAGACCCUCAGACCCUGCAGCUGUUUUCUGUCCUCUGUGUGGAGCUCGCCUCAGCGCUGUCCCCGCUGCAGCGCCACCACCAGAGACAGCACAGAUGAUGUCAUGUGUUUUCUGUCGUUCUCCGGUUCCUGUUCGUUCUGAGUCGUGUUUCGUUUGUGACGCUCCACUCGCUCUUCAGCUCCAGCCCCAGAGCUCCCUCCACCUGUCUGUAAGUCCUCCACCUGUCUGUAAGUCCUCCACCUGUCUGGAAGCUCCGCCCUUGUGUGCAUGCGGUGCUGCUGGCCCCGCCCACUCCAGCUGCGUGCUGUGUGAUAGCGCCUGCUGUAGGACAGAGAGGCGCAGCGGCCCCUGUGGUAGGUGUGGAGCCUUUACGCCCACCUCCGCCUCCUUCUGCUCCACCUGUGGCUUCAGAGCCACGCCCACAGAGAGGGCAGCUACCAAUCAGGCUCCGCCCACAGCCGAGCAGAGCACUCAGACUGUAGGACUGUAUUUCCCAUCAGCCACUGCUCUGAGGACCAAACCGGACCAGAACCAGGACCAGAACCAGGACCAGAGGAGACCGAGGCCGAGCGGGAUCAGUCCUGGGAGAGGUUUCUGGAGGCAGCAGGUGGACCAUGUGUGUGCUCACCUGAGGAGCCACGCCCAGAACCACGCCCCCUUCAGGACACUGCUAGGAGAACCUCGCCUCGGACGAUUGGUCUCUGCUGUGGUCCAUGAGGAUCCCCAGGAGGUCACACUGACCCUGAGCUUCUCCUCAGUGACCCCUGUGACCCCUGUGACCACUGUGACCACUGUGACCCGCCCCGCCAGGGCGGCGCCUGCAGGUGGCGAGCUUCAGACUCUCAGCAGCAUCACAGAAGGACUCACGAAGGCCCGGGAGCUCGGGUCCUCGGGUCAGGUCCUCUACAGAGGCCCGGGAGCUCGGGUCCUCGGGUCAGGUCCUCUACAGAGGCCCGGGAGCUCGGGUCCUCGGGUCAGGUCCUCUACAGAGGCCCGGGAGCUUGAGGGUUCUACAGUAUCUUUGCUGUACGGCAAUUUUCCUUCACCUUUCAGGCCUUCUCCAGCUUGA